UUUCAAUUAAUUGUUAAUAUUUACAAUUAAUAAUUGUAUUGUUUUUAUGCAUUGCAUUUUUAAUGUACAAUAUUUAAUGACUUAUUAACUAAAGAAUUUGUGAGCAAAUGUGCAAUCGGAGUUAUUGUUCAUUCAUCAAAAGUGUACUGUUGUUAUAUAUCAUAAGAUUCGAUUCACGACUGUAUACUCUCUAAAAAUAGUCGUGAAUUGUGUGUAGUUUACAUUAAGUAAUUAAAUAAAAGUCUAAUUUAUCAAUUAAUGUUACUUAUGUACAUGUGGCAUAUUUGAUAAUAUAAAAAUGGGCAUUACAAUAAAAAAAUAAUUCACUAAAAUUAAAAUAUUUCAUUUUGUUACGAAGUUUACAAAGUUUUUAAAAAAAUAGUUAUCAUAACCAAUAAAUCAUGGUCAAAAUAAUAUCUUAUUUUAUAUUUCUUACAUGGAUAUCUUAUUUAAUGAUAUCUGGUUUACUUCUUUUCAUCAAUGGUUUUUUUUUGACUCGGAUUGCUCGAAUGGAGCGUAGCAAUUGUACUCCAUGUUACUUAUCAGAUACUUGUAAUGCUGAGAUGAUUCUUCAAGAUCCGACAACUGCAGCAGAGAUUUGUCUUGAACCUCGAGCAAAAGUGGUUUUAUUAGUUGUUGAUGCUUUAAAAUAUGAAUUUAUGCAUUGGCAAGAAAAUAUUUCUAAUACAUCUUAUUAUCAUAAUAAAAUUCCAAUUGUUCAUGAAUUACUUGAAAAAUAUCCAAUGCAAACACGAUUAUACAAAAGUAUUGCAGAACCUCCAACAACUACAAUGCAAAGAUUAAAAGCUUUAACUACCGGUACUUUACCAACUUUUAUUGACAUCAGUUCGAAUUUUGCUUCAGAACAAAUAAAUGAAGAUAAUUUAAUUGAUCAACUUGCAAGUCAAGGAAUAGUAUUUAUGGGUGAUGAUACGUGGACAAAUUUAUUUCCUGGAAAAUAUUUACGACAAUUUCCUUCACCCUCUUUUAACGUGUGGGAUUUAGAUACAGUGGAUAGAGAAGUAAGAAAUAGAAUAUUUUUUGAGCUGCAGAAAAAAGAUUGGUCAUUAUUAAUAGCGCAUACUUUAGGAGUAGAUCAUUGUGGUCAUAAACAUGGACAGAAUCAUCCAGAAAUGGCUCGAAAAUUAAGUGAAACAAAUUCAUUAAUUGAAGAAAUAAUCGAAGUGUUGGAUGAAAAAACAGUAUUAUUUGUUAUUGGUGAUCACGGUAUGACAGAAUCUGGAGAUCAUGGUGGCGAUAGUCCUAAUGAAGUGGAAGCUGCAAUGUUUGUGUAUUCAAAAACUCCUUUGCAAAAGAAUAUCAUCAAUGAUAACAUAAGAAAUCAAAUUGAUAUUGUUCCCACUCUAGCAUCUAUUUUAGGUAGUCCUACACCAUUUUCUAAUCUUGGAUCUGUUAUUUUAGAUGUGAUACCCAGUACAUCAAAAAGAUCUGAUUUCUGGUUUUCUAUUCAUUCUCUCUGGAGGAACAUAUAUCAAACGAAAAAAUAUAUAGACGUUUAUUCAUCCGAAUCACUUUUAUUUACUGAUAACAAACUUGAAGAGCUUAAUGAAUUAUAUAAACUACUAGCAGAAGAAGUAAAGACUGUUGAUAAUAAUGAAAGCUUUAACGAAUUUGUUAAACAUUCUCAAGAUUAUUUAAAUGUUCUUCGUGAUGCUUGUGUUAAAAUUUGGGUACAAUUUGAUUCAAACUUAAUGUUAAAAGGACUAUUGCUCAUGUUUUGUACUUUGUUUUUUGCAUAUUUAAUAAUUAAUAAUAUUCCGGAACAAUCCAUGACUGAAAUACUUGAAUCAUAUUUUUUACGAAUUUCCGUACUCUUUAAUGGAAUGACAUUAAUUAUAGUAUGUAUGUUAUAUUGUUUUCAAGUAACAUAUGAUUUUAUAAAUACAUUAUUUUUUUCAACUGGGGUUGUAUCUCUCAUUCUUCUAGUCAUUUUUAUCAUUCAGAACUGGGAAAUAAUAUCCACAACUUGGUAUAAUAACUCGAAAAAAAAUAAGUUCAAUUACUUUACACGAGUUAUUUUACUUUUAACAUUUUGUGGUUUAUUUUCAAACAGUUACGUUAUUGAAGAGAACAAAGUACUUUCAUUUCUGUUAAUUACUAUUAUUUGGUUAUUCAAUUACAAUAUCUGGAAAGAUUCUACUGAUUCAUAUGAUAAAAAGAAUAAAAUGAAAAAGCCUAAUAAUCCUCACAAAUACAAGCCAAUACUAGUCAUUUUGACUGUAAUUGUUUGUUUAGCAAUUCGAAUGUCAAGUUAUUUUUGGCGUUGUAGAGAAGAACAAAAUCAAGAAACAUGUGCAUCAACAUUAUCAGGAAAAGUUGGAUCAAUUACUUCAAAUGGUCUUGAAAAAGUUUUACUUACGAUUGUAAGUUUAGCAUUACUUAUUACAGUUAUAAGAAUUUGGCUGAAAAAUUGUGGCAACCUUACUGGCUUUUCACUUAGUACAACGGUUGUUCGAUAUAGUCCAGGAUUGAUUGUUGUAUGUAUAGGAUGUUACUGGAUUUUACAACAAUUGCCGAAAAAUGCAAAAAUGAAAUUCGUUUCAUCUUAUCAAAUGGAUACAAUUCCGUUAUUAGUAUAUUUUAUUAUAUCAUUUGCAAUCCUCAUAUUAUUUAUUCAACCACUUCAGGUAUUUUUAUUACCUCAAAAGAAAGACGUAUUUAAUCUAUAUCAGGGAGAAAAUAUAGUGCCAAAAUUGUUUGACAAAGUCAAAGAACUCUUUUAUAUAAAAAAAGAACAAGAUCAGGACAAUAAUCCUAUUAUAUAUGGACUUGGAACUGUUUAUAGUGCAACAUUUAUUUCGGUUGCUGUUUUUUUUAUACUUCUUUAUGCCCUAUUAUUAGGAAAUAUUUUAGCUUCCAGUGUUUUCUUAAUGAUUGUCACUUGCAUUAUAGUAUUAGGUAUUACGACAAUGGAAAGAUAUCGAAAUGCAAAUGACAUUGUGGAGUUCUUCCAAAUAUCUACACUGUCAAUAUUUUGUUGGUUUCUCAUUGCUGAAUAUUUUUUUUAUGGAACUGGACAUCAGCCAACUUUUCCAACUAUUCAUUGGGAUGCUGCCUUCAUUGGAACAGGAGGGCAUUUUUAUGGACAUAUUAUACCAGCAAUUCUUAUAGGUAUAAACACGUUUGGUUCUCAUAUAAUAUUAGGUUUUACAUUACCCUUAUUAGUAAUUGUUCCCUUCACUAUUUAUAUCAUGAUACCCAAGUUGGUUAAAAAGUUUCGCUUCGAAAAUGAUAUGAAGAGAGGAGAAUUAAUAUUAUUUGAUAAAGAAUUGAUAUUUCAUAAUGCUGUAUUUUCCGUGGCCGGAAAAUAUUUACUUAUUCAUGGUUUUCGUACUUUUGGCUGCAUGCUUGCUGCCACCAUUCAUUGCCGUCAUUUAAUGGUAUGGAAAAUAUUUGCACCGAAACUUAUUUUUGAAGGUUUAUCAUUUUUAGUGAGUGUAGGAAGUGUUUUAACAUCACUUUUUAUGGUGAUGCGAAUAGAUAAUCAGGUAGAACAAUUAAUAACGCGUGUUACAAAAUCAAGGUGAUAUUAUAGUAACUACUAAUGUAAGGGAAAAAUCAACAAAAGCAAAUAAUAAUUUUCGUUACAAUACUCAAGAUCAACACCAGUAUUUUCUCAAGUUCUUCAAUUAUAAAAAUGAAUUUGUAUAAUAAAUAGAAUAGAUAGUCGAUAAAAUAAAAAUGUUGUAAUUAGGAAUGAUUGUUACUAUUAUAAUAAAUAUGAAUUUGAUGUAUGAUGUUGGUCAGCACACGAGGGCUAUCCUGCGUGCAAUGCAUUGCUGAUCAUAAAGACACAAAGCAACGCACUUGAUGCAGGAUUGCACCCAUGCACAAAAUAAUUCAGUCGGCUUGAAAAAUAGAUAAAUCAUAAAGUUUAUAAAAAAAAAUAGCAGUUUACAAUUUUUCUCCGAUACUUUAUUCAAUGAAUCCAUAAUCUUUACAUAUAUAUUGUAGGAACUUAAUUUGAUUUUCCUUAUGGAUUCCGAAGUGGAAUAUAUUAAUAAAUGAAUAAUUUUCUAAUGAUGAUUAUGAUGAUGUCUAUGAUCUUUGUAUUGAUUAUUAAUGUAUUCAGACCAACUCGCCCAAUCAUCAUUGUUAUAUUGUGAGUCCUACAACAAAUAAAAAAUCAUCUUUUCUCUGUAUUUAUAAAAUUUUCUUUUUAUUAAGACUAACAUUUUUAAUAACCAGAUGGAUUUGACUUGGGCAUUUGUAU